AGAGGGAAUAUACAAUUACAAACAAAGGAUGUAAACAUUUGAAAAAAUAAACGUUACUUUUUUUAAACAUUACUUUUUUUCUACAGUGUUUAGUUUUGAAAGUAUAGGUGGUAUUUCUAGUUUCUACGUUUCUGUUGUGUUAAAAAUGAGCUAUUGGAAGUGGUAUGAUAGUGAUAAUGACGAUUAUAUGUCCGAUACUAAUAAGUGGAGCUACAUGAGAAACCCAUUCACGCAACACCAAUCUACAUCAGCAGCCUUUGCUAGCAGAAAAUAUCCAUACCUAGCAGAAUACUCGACCACAAGCGAAACAUGCAGAGGAUGCUGGAAUACAAUUCCGACAGGUGCUUUACGUCUUGGUGUCUGUGUUCAAGAUUUAAAAGAUGAUAAUAAAGUCCAAUAUUGGUAUGAUUUUAAAUGCUUCUUCAGGAAGCAAAGACCAAAAAACACCGUUGAUAUUUAUAAUUUUGAGUCAUUGAAAAUAUCUGAUCAAAAUAAAAUAAAAAAAAGUGUUAAAUCAUCUACAGUUCAUAUUCUUCCGGAUACAAUUCCUACAGGAAAGAAACGAGGCGCUGGUAUAGCUAUUAAACAAAAACAAAAAGCGUUAAAAGACUUUAAAAUAGAAUAUGCAAAAUCUGGAAGAGCUAUGUGCCGUGGGUGUCUUCAUAAGAUUCUUAAAAAUGAAAUACGAAUUUCAAAGAAAAAUUAUGAUACAGAAGUUGGAAAAAAAUUUGAUGGACAGGAUAUGUGGCACCAUGUUACUUGUUUUGUUGCAUUAAGGGAAGGUUUGGGUUAUUUUGAAGCUGCUGACAAAUUACCAGGCUUUAAGGAUUUAAAACCGCAGGAUCAAGAUUUGGUUUUAAAAGAGUUGUAUGCUGUAAAUCCUGAUGAUCCAGAAAUAAAGAAAGUAAAAAUAGAAUCUACUAUUCUAAACACAUCUCAAAAUGAAUUAAAAAGGGGUGAUAAAAAACUCUACAAAGCUCAAAAUAAGAUUAUGUUUGACUAUAGAGAUAAAUUAAGUAAAUUAACACCAAAAGAUCUAAAAAGUUUACUGGAAAUUAAUAACCAGAUUGUGCCUGAAGACAAGGUAGCGAUGCUAGAUAGACUAGCAGAUGCAAUGACAUUUGGAGCACUACUCCCAUGCAAAAAGUGCAAAGGUCAACUUGUAUUUGAAAAUGGUGGUUAUAUGUGCUCAGGUAGAUUGUCAGAAUGGGCAAAGUGUGAUGCUUCAGAAAGGGAACCUGCCAGACAACAAUUUACAGUACCGCCUGCACUUUCAAAAAACAAACUAGCUGAUUAUAUUUAUGAGCCAAGAACUAGAAUAAUAUUAAGCGAAAUGCCUAGUACAAGUGCUAAAAGUGAAAUCAAUUAUUUCAAACCAAGAGUAGAUAAGGAACCUCCAGCUUUAUAUGACAUGCUUUUUGUUAUUGUGGGCAAACCUCCAAAAGGUAAAGAUGAAAUUAAAAAACAGAUAUUAUCCAUGGGUGGAAAGCUUAUUACAAAAAUUGAUGAGAAAGUGGCAGCCAUUAUUUCCACUCCACAAGAAGUGGAGAAAAUGAACAAGAGAAUGCAACAAGUAGAGAAAUAUGAUAUUCAUGUAGUUCCUGAUGAUUUUCUAGAUGAAGCUAAAAACAAUGUUGGUAAAAUAGCUGACUUAAUUAUAGAGAAAAGCAUUUGCGAGUGGGGUUCAGAUCCUACUGAUCGUUUACCAAAAAAGGAUACUGUUCAGUACAAAAGUAUUUAUAGUAAAUCAGGGCCAGCUAAGGUUACUAUUAAACUAAAAGGGGGUUCUGCUGUUGAUCCUGAAUCAAAUUUGGUAGAUUGUGCACAUGUAUACGAAGAGGGUGAUACAAAGUAUACAGUUGUGUUAGGUCUUACUGAUAUUCAGCUAGGAAAAAACAGCUACCACAAAUUGCAGUUACUUGAACAGGACUCACUUCAUUCCUAUUGGGUAUUUCAAGCUUGGGGCAGAAUUGGUACAAAUAUUGGAGAUCGUCAGACAUUGCCUUUUUCCACAUUAGACUCAGCCAAGAAUUUCUUUGUCGAGCAAUACAAAAAGAAAACCGGAAAUGAAUGGGAUAAUAGACAUAACUUUAAAAAGCAGCCGAAUAUGAUGUAUCCAAUUGAUGUCGAUUUUGCUGAAGAAGAUCUUAAAAAGUAUGAAAUUUCAGAAACGCCUUCUGUCUUGCCAACAUCUGUUCAAGAUUUACUUAGAAUGAUAUUUGACAUAAAUGCCAUGCAAAAACUGAUGCUGGAAUUUGAGUUAGACACCCAGAAGAUGCCACUGGGAAAAUUGAGUAAAGCUCAAAUGGAGAAAGCUUUCGGGGUUCUAAGUGAGCUACAAACGUUAGUCUCCGCUAAAGCAGACCGUGCCCUAUUCAUAGAUGCAUCUAAUAGAUUUUUUACGUUUAUCCCUCAUUCAUUUGGAUUGGGUACUCCUCCAGUAAUGGAUAAUGAAGAUAUUAUUAAAAAAAAAGUUGAAAUGCUGAAUAGUUUACUGGAACUUGAAAUCGCAUAUAACCUAAUGCAGACUGCAAACAAAGGUGUAGACGAUUACUAUAAAGGACUAAAUACAGAAAUUGGCAUACUUGAUAAAAACUCUAGAGAAUUCCGGAUUAUUCAAGAUUACGUGAGGUUUACACAUACAGUUACUCAUAAUCAAUACAAGUUGAUUGUUGAAGAAGUUUAUACCAUAAAAAGGCAGGGAGAGGAAGAAAGAUUUAACAAAUUCUCACAAAUGCAUAAUCACAAGCUUUUGUGGCAUGGUUCCAGAGUGACAAACUUUGCAGGUAUUUUAUCGCAAGGACUUCGAAUAGCUCCUGCGGAAGCUCCCAACAGUGGCGCAAUGUUUGGAAAAGGUAUUUACUUUGCUGAUAUGGUAUCUAAGUCAGCCAAUUACUGCUUUGCUAACAGCCUAAACCCCAUAGGAUUAGCAUUGCUCUGUGAUGUCGCAUUAGGAAACAUGUAUGAUAGGUUGGAUGCAGAUAACAUUAGAAAGCUACCUGAAGGAAUGAACAGCUGCAGAGGUUUAGGAAGAACUCAUCCCGAUCCAAAUUAUGUCCAGAAAAUAGGUAAUAUGGUGGUACCGACAGGAAAAGGUGUUACUCAGCCAGCAGCAGCUAAAUCUUCUUUGCUCUACAAUGAAUACAUUGUUUACGAUGUAGCGCAAGUGAACAUAAAAUAUUUGGUGAAAAUGCGUUUCGACUUUAAACAUCGCGUAUAUUAGUAAGACAAAACAGAUUAGAAAAAUAGAUUGAUAAAUAAAAAAUAUUACAGGU